CGCGAUAUUAAUAUCAACAUCGACAUUGUCAAUCUGUUGAAUUUCCAUUCUCUUGACCUGCUAACACUGGCUUAAUGUCGCCAAUUCUGCGACUUGGCUCACACCAUCCAUUCAAAGCCACUGGCAAUGGGGUCUCUCACGAAUAAUCACAUUGGAGUUAUUCCGUAUGAUAGAAUCCCAUACUUCACACCUGCCAACAAUGGCGGUGCGGCAACAAGCCCGGAAAGCCCAGACACACCCACCUUGUUUCGUCCACUUCAAAUUCGAGAACUUACGCUGAAGAAUCGAGUCAUGGUUGCGCCUAUGUGCAUGUAUUCGGCCCAGUCUGAUCCAUCCUCUCCUUACAUCGGUGCGUUGACAGACUACCACGUCGCGCAUCUCGGUAACCUUGCCCUGAAAGGCGUUGGCCUGAUUAUUAUUGAGGCGACUGCUGUGCAGUCCAACGGUCGCAUCUCGCCAAACGACUCGGGCCUUUGGCAGCAGGGCACGGACUCGGAGCAAUUCAAAGGACUCAAACGUGUCGUUGAUUUUGCUCGCAGCCAAGGAGCUAAGGUCGCUAUUCAACUCGCUCACGCGGGCCGAAAAGCUAGCGUCAUGCCGCCCUGGAUCGCUAAGGAGGCCGGCAAGAGUAGCCUCAGAGCUGAUGAGACCGCGGGUGGAUGGCCUAACAAUGUUAUAGGGCCAUCUGGUGGCGAGGAACACAUCUGGGCACCCGGUGAUGGUUUCUGGGCCCCACGGGAGCUGAGCACCGCCGAGGUCGAGGAACUGGUGCAGGCGUUUGCCACUAGUGCUGAGCUAUCUGUUAAGGCAGGCAUUGAUGCAAUUGAGAUUCACGGCGCACACGGCUAUCUUGUCGGCCAGUUUAUGAGCCCUGUGACCAACAAGCGAACAGACAAGUAUGGCGGCUCCUUUGAAAACCGAACACGAAUCAUUCGCGAAAUUGCAACUGCCAUUCGUGCUGUCAUUCCAGAAGGCAUGCCUCUAUUCCUUCGGAUCAGUGUGACGGAAUGGCUCGAUGGCAAGUUCUCAGAAUUCUGGGACCUGCCAUCCUCCAUUGAGCUUGUUAAAAUCCUCCCAGAUCUAGGAAUUGAUUUCCUAGAUGUCAGUUCUGGGGGCAAUCACAAGGACCAGACGAUUGAGCCUCACACAAACUAUCAGAUCGAUCUUGCAAGCCAGAUCCGAAAGGAGAUCCGGCGAUCGGGACAAAAUACAUUGGUUGGAGCCGUCGGAUUGAUUACACGGGCAGAAGCUGCUAGUCAGAUUGUGCAAGGCGCUGAUUUGGAGGAAGCAAAGGCGGCUGAGUCAAUGGUAGCAGGCCCGCAGGCAGGGGCCGAUGCUGUUUUGCUGGGGCGCCAGUUCCUUCGUGAAGCAGACUGGGUAUAUCACGCGGCAAAGACGUUGAGGGUCCAGAUCACAGCUCCUAAGCAGCUGGGGCGUGCUAUUUGAGGAGAUCUUGUCUUGUGGAUAUUUCAAUUUAUUUUAUGCAAAUAGAAGAUUGGUUAUAGAGGAUAGCAUGUCGUCCCUGAAUUACAUAUAGAUUAGUUUCGAUUUGAUAGAUGAAGAAUCCUUAAACUGAGCC